GACGGACUGUUCAGCUCUUUCCCGCGACGGAUCCUGGACGCUUCCGAUCCGAACUGCGCCAUGAACCCUUGACGACGCGGCGCCACCGCUGCGUCCUCGCGCUCGCCGCGUGCGUGGACCGGGCGAAGGAUGCUCGUGGAGUACGCUGCACUGGCCUUGCCGCUGCUCGCUCUCAUUCUGCUGGCCACCAGGAUUUUGUGGUGUCAAGCUCAGUCAUUGCCCAUUAAUAUUUUCCGUGCCUGUUCAGAACCUAGGGACAAAAACAGACAAACCCUUCUAUCCUGAAUCCUGUCUUCAGUAGCAGCCAGGAUCACAGGUGAAGAUACACAAGCUAGGCCGGCUAAGCCCUAUGUUUCACCUAAAAUAGACAUAUAAACAUAUAUAUAUAUACAUACAGUGUCGUACAGUGACGGAUAUCAGUUUUAUCUAUCCAGGUGAUAUCAAAAAUGUUACUGUCGACGAAACCUUGCGACCAGCCCAUGACUCAUGACACUCGCAAUAUUUUUGGAGGAAUCGGUAUAGAAGGUUCCUGACAAAACCCUGACCCUCAACCGGGCGUUCUCUUGUGCGAAACACAACUGCCCAGAUACAAACAGUUGGCAAAGCGAUUUGUUUUCAUGAGCUGUCAUCUCACUAGCGCUGAUUGCAAGUUUAUCUCAAUUUGGCAUUUGCAGUCAGUACUUUCGGCAGCAGUUCCUUGCACCCAGUUUGCCAUGAAGGAGCACAAAGUACAAAACGUCGGCAUACUUAGUUCAUGGGCGUGUGGAAAUGCAGCUGUGAGCAAAGGCUUUGGUUUGAGCAUCCUACAUGUUAAGUUGUCCGACAGUGUCUUGUGAGUGGAAAUCGAAUUACGGCGCCUACUACCUGACUUCGACUCCGCGCUGACCCAAGGGAUUGUCAAAAAUGGUAUGUUCUUGGCAUCCCAUGCACCGUUGGCCGGGUGCAAGCGCCAGGUCACUUUGUGUCCUUUUGGCCAACCCAUCGCGAUGAAAACAUCGAGAUGGAUGACAGCAAGGCAAAUGGGCUAAAGCGCUUGCUGGGGACACGCGAAGCAAGCCAUGCUUUCCAAGAGUAUCGAGGGGAGCCUUCGUAUUGGCUGUGCUGAGGAGUGACUGAAAAGGGGAGGCCAAUCAUCCAAGGAGGCGGCCUCAGUUCUUGCACCGGCUCCACCGCCAUGCUCGCUCGUGUUGGCCUACCGGUCCUGAAGAGGAUUGCUCGCGUUCGCGCUCGCCACCGGUGGCUCAGAGCGCAAGCGAACGCAUCGACCACGGUCGAGUGAUUCCAACCGUUGCACAGCACAGCGGCAAUGAAGCCGUUUCGCCGCGACACAAGGAACGGACCGGUGGUCGGAUUCGGUUGGAAAGUGCUUUUCUAAAAAUAGUGUUCAGUAUAGACUGUAUCAUAGUAAUUAGUCAUGCAUGUAUAGUACUUCUGCAGAAAGAGUUAUAUAGCGACUUGAAGUGAGUGCGUGCCCGGGCGCGGAAUUGCAUGUAUUUCGUUGUGAAGAAUGCACACAAACGAGCACGGAAUAGUGGAGGAAUGCAACUCAAAAUGAACCUUGUUAAGAGGGCAACAUAGUUCGAAAAAGGUGGAAGUGGAGUGGCCCUGCCAUUUCAAGCUGCUGCAAGAAACUCUCAGAAUUGUUUUUAACAGAAACUCUCUCAGGUAAUCUCAGGUUCAAUGUAUGUGUUCGUGGGUGUAUUCUUUCCAAAUAGCAAUCUCAAGAUUUGCAAGAUCUUGUAAGUUCUGGUGGGCUGAGCCAACUUAACGAUGCAGUUUUGCGCCGUUUGCUGCGAGUAUGAUGAUGUCUGAUGGGCAAAAGAAUGGCGAACUGUCUAUUAUAAUGGCAAUAAGUUGAGAAUGAAUGAGACUAAAUGAUCUGGCAGCAUUCCAGCCAGAGAAAUCUGGUUCUUGUGACAACCGGGAGAAGAUUUGUCAUUCCUCGAAACCCGAAACCGAAAGGGAUGGGCUCUUGUUUGAAAGGUGGCUUGUGGCGCGCGUUUGGAGCAAGCGGAAGAGGCGAAGCUGGGCUGGAACAGCGCAGUUGCGUGCUUGGGAAAUGGGGCGCUGUGCGGCCGGUCAGACCGAAUCAAGAGAGAAAGGCCUUUUUCAAGUUCGAAGAUUUUCGAUGGUCUAAGAUCGUUGUAAGAUGGCUGUAAGCAUCGGGAAAGCCAAAGAGAGAAACCAUCAGAAAACCAAUAUUAUAUAUAUAUAGCAUGUACAGUAUAUACAUGAUUUUUUAGAAGGUAUCCGGGACACUCCAUGUAUGCCAUAUUUAUACCUACAUUGGGGUGGUCUUGGGGGUGGAUGUAGGCAUAUAUGCAUCAUGGAGUGUGUGGGUAUUAUAUAGUCUCAAGUCACUGCCGAGGCUGCCGCUCCGCACGGCGGUGGUGCUGGGCUCCGGCGGCCACACCAUGGAGAUGUUGUCGCUCCUCAAAGAGGUGGAUCAAGAGAGGUAUCGAUGUGAUUUCAUCAUGGCCCAGACAGACUCGAGCUCCCUGAAAAAGGUGCAAGCCACGCGGCCGGACCUCGCGAAGGACCUCACGCGUUUCCACGUGAUCCCACGCAGCCGCGAGGUGGGCCAGUCCUGGAGCUCCUCGCUGCUCACGACCGCUCAGGCCUUCCUUGCUUGCCUUGGACUCGUCUGGGAGUUGAAUCCCCAGGUGCUGCUAGUGAAUGGCCCUGGCACUUGCUUCCCCGUGGUGGCCGCCGUGCUUCUCUUCGAGCUCAUCGCCUUCCGGCGGGUGUCGCUGAUCUUUGUCGAAAGUGUUUGCCGGGUUAAGAGCUUGUCCAUGAGUGGCAAGCUGAUCUAUCCCUUUGCGGAUGCCUUCCUGGUGCAUUGGCCUGAGCUCGUUGAAAGGUAUGCGAAAGCGCAAUAUCUGGGCAUAUUAUUUUGAAGGAAAACAAUAAUACAUAGAAAAUCAAUAUUAUUUAUUAAAUAAAACAUAGAUGUAUAAUAUUAAAUAUUGAAUAUUAAUAAUAUAUUAAAUAGUUAAUUUCUUAAUAUAGGUAAUAGAAAUUCGACGAAAAGGUUAAUUCAGGAUAUUAUAAAAUUGAUUGGGG